CCCCAAAAUGCCACGUCUCAAAGUCCUCAUCUGCGGCGGCGGAUGCGCCGGACCAGCACUCGCAUUCUGGCUCGCGCGCAGCGGCCACGACAUCACGAUCAUCGAGCGACACACCGCGCUGCGGGCCUCAGGCGCACAAAUCGACCUGCGCGCACAAGGCAUCGAAGUAGUACGACGAAUGGGCCUACUAGACGCCGUGCGAGCCCAGCGCGUAGACGAAGACGGGGUAUCAAUGGUCGACACACACGGACGGGUGCUGGGGAAGAUCGGAGCGAACACGACGGGCAAGGGGGCGCAGACGGCGACGUCGGAGUACGAGAUUAUGAGGGGGGAUCUUGAAGGGGUGCGGUAUGUGUUUGGGGUGACGGUGGAGGGGUUCGAGCAGGAUGAUGGUGAUGAUGGGGGUGUGGUGGUGCGGUUGUCGGAUGGGACGGCGGAGCGGUAUGAUUUGCUGGUUGGUGCUGAUGGGCAGGGCUCGCGGAUACGCAGGGCGAUGAUGCCGGCUGUUGCGCCGGAUCCGGUGUGUUCGCUGGGGAUGUACAUGGCGUAUUUCUUCAUUCCGCGGAUUGAGAGCGAUACGAAGACUCGUAGUACGUACGCUGCUCCUGGGUCCCGGAUGAUGAUGCGGCGAACGCAUAGCCCGACCGAGAGUCAGGCGUACUUUAUCCUCAAGGAUAGUGACCCGGAACUGCGCUCCCUGCCACGCGCACCUGUGGAUGUGCAGAAGGCUUUCUGGACACAGCGCUUCCAGGACGCGGGCUGGCAAGCGGAGCGCUUCACGGCUGCCAUGGCGUCGACGGAGAACUUCUACUGCCACGAGGUCGCGCAAAUCAAGAUCGCGAGCUGGCAUCGGGGUCGUGUCGUACUGCUCGCAGACGCGGCGCAUUGCCCGUCGCCGUUCACGGCUAUGGGGACGACGAGUGCCUUCGUCGGCGCAUAUGUGCUGGCCGGAGAACUUGAGGCGAGCGGGGGAGACGUGGUGCGCGCGCUGGAGAAGUACGAGAGUACGCUGAGACCGUUUGUCGAGGAGAUUCAGAAGCUGAAUACGUCGCUGGUUCGGCUGGCGUAUCCGCAGACGGUGCUGGGCGUGCGCAUUCUGCAGCUUAUCUUUGCGGUUGUGAGUUUUCUGCGCAUUCCACAGCUUAUAGCGCGCUUUUCGGAUGGCGAUAAGGGUGGCUGGCGGUUGCCGGAGUAUCCUAUGCUUCGCAAGGGGAGGUGA